ACCCAUUAACACGAUGUCAGAGCUGUUCCGAUAUUUUUAGCCGGACGGCGCAGCGGGACUACAGUGGGCGAUCGGGCGCCGCACUCGCUGGUCCCGAUUGUAACGCAAUGCUCUGAGAUGUGAACAUGACAACCCGCGGGAUAAGACGCAAGAAGUCCUCGCUCUCCGAAGUGAAAGUGGCGGUGGUUGGUGCACCGUCGGUCGGCAAAAGCGCACUGACAGUCCGGUUCUUGACAAAGCGCUACAUAGGAGAAUACGAUCAUCAACAAGAAAGUAAAUACAAACACGAAGCUCUGCUAGACGGUGAACCUAUUUUAUUCGAAAUACUUGAUACAUGCCCAAAGAGCUUAGACGAGCUACCGGGCAACGAUAUCGCACAAUGGGCGGACGGGUUGUUCCUGGUAUAUUCCAUUACGGACAGAGCAUCGUUCAACUACGUGAGGAGAGCGAAGCAGAGUCUACAACCAGACGUUCCCCUUACUCUAGUCGGCAAUAAGGCCGAUAUGGUGCAUUUAAGACAGGUCAGCCCGGAGGAAGGCGAGAUAUUAGCAAAGGACUUCGAAUGCAGCUUCGCGGAGGUGGCAGCAGCAGAACAGGUCAACCAAGUCGGAGAAGUGUUCCACGAACUAUGCCGGGAGAUCCUCACUCAGAGGAGGAGAGCCAAGCACAGCCUGUUGGACAGAAUGCUCGGCUCGAAGACAGCAUAUAGAGUGUACUCGAGGGGGAAAAGUGAUAGCGCCCUACCUAAAGACUGAGUGCAUUUAGUAAUCCGAUGAAUAUGGGCUAUUAUCGUGUGAUAAUAUCACUUAGGCUCAACUCACACUUGGGUAAAGUUGAAGCGACCCGUCACGUUUUUCGCCAAAGCAUAAUCGUUUGUAUUGCUCUACCACUUAAGUACUGCUAUGAAAUAAACAUGACGCGUCGCGACUCUUCGACUCUGCCCCAGUGUGAAUUGAGCCUUAAGCACAAUCUAUAGUCUGUUCGCGUUAAGAGAGUAAAAUGUGAAAAAAUCACAGAUUCAUUUUGAUAAUUUUACAUUUUUCUGGCAACUUAUUGUACAGUCGUCAAUUUGUAGUUAUUUAAUUUUUUUUAAGGUCAGUGUAAUAUAGACUCAUAAUGUGAUGAUUGUAUUGUAUGUGUGUAAUAUUUUGUCUCUGGGAAUAGUACAUUACGCACCUAG